UAUGAUAGGACACAAUUCACAUGAUGUGAUGAGGGGUUUUGAGAAGACAUAAAUGUGGGAUACAUGCUAAGAAUACAGGACAUUACAAAGACGGAAUUAGAAAGCCGAUGGCCUGGUACAAAGAUAACUAAAUAAAACCUCCCUCAGCUUUAACGACAACAUCAAAAGCCAAAAAUUAGAUCCCCCAAAAAAUAAAAUAUCUAAGAUCAAGAAAUCCAAACCCCGUCAAUGACCAAACUCGGCAAUCACAGGAGUAUAUGGCAAUAGCAAGGAACCUUCCUUUUUCCCUUUCCCUCCUCUUCUCUCCAUAAAACCCCCCCCCCCCCCACCAUUCCAUCCUUUCUUCUCCACCUCUCAUACCUUCAUUUUCUUUUCUUCCAUGGAUAACUACACUGAUUUUCAAACCAAACACAUUAAUUAUGCUCUCAAUGGCAAAGUAAUGCUCUGCACCGGUGUCCUUCUCUUCAUAGUCUUGUUCAUCCUCCUCUGCUUCCAUAACUACGCUCCUUUCUUCUUCGGGAACCGCCGUCGCCGCUACCUCCGCCGGCGUCGUGCUCAGCACUUGCUCUCCAUUUCCGCCGCCAUUACCCCUCCGCCCUCCGCUGCUGCUGCUUCCGAAGGUUUGGACCUUUCUGUCAUUAAAACAAUCCCCACCCUUAUUUACUCUGACAUAGCCAAGGCCAGCGAUUUCACUCCACUUACUUGCGCCGUUUGCUUGUCCGAGUUCGAAAACGACGAGAAAGCCCGCGUUUUGCCCAAUUGCAACCAUGCCUUCCACGUUGACUGUAUCGACAUGUGGUUUUAUACUCACUCUAACUGUCCACUGUGUAGAGCUCCAGUCCGAGUUGAUGUUCCGGUCAACCCACCUAAAACAUUAGAGCAGGCUGCCGUUGCUGUACCUGAACCAGCCGGUUCUGAGCCUCCUAUUACAGUUAUUGGAAUGAGCAGCCUUUCUGCUACUGCUUCUUCUUCUUCAUCGUCGUCGUCGUCAUUGAAAACGGAGAGUUGCCCCAUGAAAAGACUAGAGCUAGUGGGGGUGGGAAUUCUAGUGGAGGUCCCCCCCGGAGAAAAUAGAUUAACGGGUGGUCCGGAUGCGGGUUCGGGUAACCGGAUUCUGAGCCUAAAGAGAAUAUGGAGCGCAUAACAAUAAUAAUAGGACAGGAAGUAGUAAAAUCUCUGUAAACUGUAGGUAUUUGCAUUUACUCGCAGAAGGCUUUAGUAGUCAGAUAUGUGUGGCCGGAGAGAGAAGCGGGAAACAACAGGUGGUGUUAGCAAAGACGGUAUUCUUUAUGUAAACGUGGCGAUCAUUCAUUGCAAAGCUUGGACAACACUACCUCUGAAUCCGUACACCUUUCCUUUGAUGUCACAUCGGCACUGUUUCUGUCCUGGCUUAUAACGUAAAUAGGAGAAAUUACUUUGACUUCAAACUAGCGAAUCUGGACAGUGAUUUUAUAUGUAACUGUAAAUAUAAUCACUAUAUUUUAUUUUAGUAGAAAAAAAGUGCAUCCUUUAUAAUUA